ACUUUUAAUGUUAUCAAAUUAGUGAAAAUGUUUGCGGUAAUCAAAAGUUUAACAAAACUUCGGCUUGAUUUCAGACAAGUGCGGCUAAUUGGAAAAUCAAUAACUCAACCAUCUACUUUUAUUUCUACAUCGAUCAGGCAUCUUCAACAAUUUGACAUGACUUACGGAAACGAGAACGGUUAUGGUGGAAAAAGCAGCAGCUACGGCAAUCGCUCUAAUGGAUUUAACUCGAGUCGAGGCAAUCGUAGUGGUGGAUACGGCAAUAGCUCCAGUAAUGGUUACGGAAAUCGGAAUGGAGGAUUUAGUCGCGGUUCGAAAGAUAGUUUCGGUGGCUCAAAAAUGACUAAACCUAAUUGGAGUUCCGAAUUUUUGAAACCUUUCAAGAAGGACUUCUAUUGCCCUCAUCCGAAUGUCGCCAACCGCUCUUAUCGCGAAGUUGAAGAGUACCGCAAUGCUAAAGAAAUCACAGUUCAUGGAGAUGCUCCUAAUCCAAUCCAGUACUUUGAAGAAGCCAACUUUCCUGAUUAUGUGAUGCAAGGAAUAAAAAAACAAGGAUACACAGAACCCACAGCUAUUCAAGCACAAGGAUGGCCUAUUGCAAUGAGUGGAAAAAAUAUGGUUGGCAUUGCUCAAACAGGUUCUGGCAAAACCUUAGGUUACAUACUACCUGCUAUAGUACACAUAAAUAAUCAACCUUCCAUAUCCAGAGGAGAUGGACCUAUUGCUUUAGUCUUAGCUCCUACCAGAGAACUAGCACAACAAAUUCAACAAGUAGCCACAGAAUUUGGAAGUCUUUCCUACGUGCGUAACACCUGUGUCUUUGGAGGUGCACCUAAAGGCAGUCAAGCAAGAGAUUUGGAACGAGGUGUUGAAAUUGUUAUUGCUACUCCAGGAAGACUUAUUGAUUUUCUUGAAAGUGGGCGUACCAAUCUAAAACGCUGCACUUAUCUCGUUCUUGAUGAAGCUGAUCGUAUGCUUGAUAUGGGUUUUGAACCUCAAAUUCGCAAAAUCAUUGAACAAAUCCGUCCUGACAGACAGACUUGCAUGUGGUCAGCUACUUGGCCAAAAGAAGUGAGAAAACUAGCGGAAGAUUAUCUUGGUGAUUAUGUACAAAUUAAUAUAGGAUCUUUACAGCUGUCGGCCAAUCACAAUAUUCUACAAAUUGUAGAUGUUUGUCAAGAACAUGAAAAGGAAACAAAAUUGAGCAACUUAUUACAAGAAAUUGGUAACACGCAAGAAGAGGGAGCAAAAACUAUAAUUUUUGUAGAAACCAAAAAGAAAGUUGAAAAUAUUACACGCAAUAUUCGUAGAUAUGGAUGGCCUGCAGUCUGUAUGCAUGGUGACAAGUCACAGCAAGAGAGAGAUUAUGUAUUAAGAGAAUUCAGAAGUGGAAAAAGUUCAAUUUUAGUUGCAACUGAUGUAGCUGCUCGUGGACUUGAUGUUGAUGGAAUCAAAUAUGUUAUCAACUUUGAUUACCCAAACUCCUCUGAAGACUAUAUUCAUCGAAUUGGAAGAACUGGUCGUUCCGAUACCACUGGAACAUCUUAUGCAUUCUUCACACCUCAAAAUAGCAGACAAGCAAAAGAUUUAGUGUCUGUUUUAAAAGAAGCCAAUCAGGUUGUGCAUCCAAAAUUGAAUGAAAUGGCUUCUAGAGGAGGUGGUAAUGGUGGAUAUGGAGGUUAUGGAGGCAGAGGUCGUUAUGGUGGUGGAAACAACUAUGGUGGAUUCAAACGUAAUGCUGAUAGAAAUGGAGGUGGAAACCACAAAAGAUUUGAAUCAUCAUAUUGACGAUGCUGAUCUUUAGAUAAAUUAAAUUUACAUUAAAUUUUUAUAAGUAUUCAUUUUCUCAAAUCAGCUUCGAGUGCAAUGAUAUUUGCAUUAGGAAAUAAUUUGACUUAGAAUAUGACUCUGGCAUUAAAAAAUGCGGAAAUUAAUUCUAAGUGAACAAAAAUGCAUUCCCUGGUCUCUUUUUGAG